UAAAUUCAAAUUCUAUACAAUUGUGGACAAAGGUUGCAACACCCAUCUUUGAUGAGUUUUCGAACGCGCCAAAUCACGAGGAAUGCGAGGUUCAUCUAGAACUCAAUUUUUCACUUGUGUUUAUGUUUAUGACGAGUGAAAUAACAGUUGAUUUGAAGAGAGUUUCAAUACUGCGAAACAAUUCAUUAUUACAAAUUUGUGACAGUGUAUAAUGUAUGGCUAUGCAUAUGAAUAAAAAAAAUUCUGUGGAAAGCGAUUAAACAUACAAAAAUAUACUUGUGGCUUUUCUUCUGCAAGGAAAUCCGAUCUUGCAAUGGUUUGCGAAAAGUGCGAGAAGAAACUGGGGAAGGUUAUCACACCGGAUCCUUGGAAGACGGGCGCCAGGAACACCGUGGAAAGCGGAGGUCGUCAGGUAGGGGAGAACAAGGCUCUGUCUGCUGGAAAGGCGCGAUUCAAUCCAUACACCACGAAAUUCGAGAUAUGCAGAAUAUGCAGGCAAAAGGUGCAUCAAGUCGGAUCCCACUAUUGUCAGUCCUGCGCAUACAAGAAGGCUAUCUGUGCCAUGUGUGGCAAAAAACUAAUGAACACAAAGAAUUACAAACAGUCUGCGACUUAAUUUUACAAUUAUACACACUCUAGACUAUGUAUAAUAAUUUGUCUUAAGCACAUUGCAUAUUUCUAAGCUAUAAGUUUGACAAUCGUUACUGAAUAGCUUUGCGACUAGAUUAUCUGGUGGCACAGAGCUGUAUAAAAAUAUAAUAUUGUAUAUUGAGCUAUGAUUCUUAAAGUAUAAUGUGUAUAAUAAUAUUUGUAUAUGUGUAUAUGUAAUUAUUACAAAAAACAUUAAUGCGCAGAAAAUGUAAAUUAUAUUUUCUGUUAAAUCAUUAGUGUCUACAUAUGUCAAGUUAUAACGCAAUGUACAAAUAAAAAUAUCAAAUAUUUUCAAGUCAA